GCCAGCAUCCCCGCCCGCGACGCCUGUGUGAGCCCCGGCCGGGAGGGAGCCCCAGGUCGGCCCCGAAGGCCAGCACACACCCACCCCCGUCCAGGCCAGCCCCGGCUCCCGCCCAGGUGAGCCCAGGGCCAGGUUUGGCGCUCUACGCUGAGGUCAUCAUGGGUGUUUUCCAAACCCUGAUGAAAAAGAAAGAGCUCAUCCCUCUGGCGGUGAUCGUAACCCUGGCGGCCGGCGGAGCGUCGUCCUUCGCGGUGUACUCCCUGCGGAAAAGCGACGUGAUUAUUGAUCGAAAAAGAAACCCAGAGCCUUGGGAAAAUGUGGAUCCUAAUGUACCUCAAAAGCUUAUAACAAUCAACCAAGAAUGGAAGCCGAUUGAAGAGUUGCAGAAGGUCCGGAGGGCAACCAAGUGAGGAGUGCUUGCCUCGUCCGGCCUUGAGUACUCUAUGAAUCUAGCGGAAACACCUCUGUACAAACUAGAGUCUGGACACCAGUGUGCGGAAGUGCUUCUGCUACAUUUUUAGGGUGUGUCUACUUUCUUUGGACUCUGGAGAAGGAAUUGAAGGUAGCGUAGUAAUAAGUGCAUAGUCCAAAAGUAAGUUUCUGUGUUUAUUGCCGUCAGUUGGAAUUUUGCAUUCUGAAAAGUUUAUGUUUAGGAUGCCUGAGUGUUUUCCUUGAAAUGCAUCAAGACUUGUAAGUUAGAUAUUUGGUCCGUAAUAAAAUACUUUUUCUGCAAGAUA